CUGAACGAUAACAGCACAGUUCCCUAUCGGAGUUUGCAUUGGAACCGUGUGAUAUUUUCGUACACCUCCGUGUCUUUGGUUCGACUUUUGCCGGUUUUCCAGCAAUAAUCCAGCUUCCUAUCCAGCUAAUUAGAACCCUAAUUGGCCCCAUGAAAUGUAUCUUCGGUCGAUAGUCACUCGUUUGAAUGCUUCGCGGGGCAACUUCAUCCGGAGCCGCUCGAUGGCUUCCGGUUUGCAGCGCGAAAUUCCGGCCCUUACCAAAGAUCGAUACCCUAUAAAACGAGGAAAAUUUGCCGAACUCAGCGAUAGUGAUCUGAGCAAGUUUGAAUCCAUUCUCGGAAAAGGUCGGGUACUUACGCAGGCAGAAGACAUCCAAAGCUAUAACAUUGAUUAUCUCGGAAGUGUCCGCGGGUACAGCCGGGUUGUGUUGAAACCUAAAAGUACCGAAGAGGUUGCAGAGCUUCUCAAAUUCUGCAACGAACGACGGCUGGCGGUUUGUCCUCAGGGUGGAAAUACUGGCCUCGUGGGAGGAUCUGUUCCAGUUUUCGAUGAAGUCGUCAUAUCGCUGCAGCUGAUGGACAAAAUAGAGCAGGUCGAUGAAUACUCGGGCAUUUUGGUGUGCCAGUCUGGAUGUGUUCUUGAAACUCUGGAGGAAAAAGCCAAGGAGAAAGGUUUGGUGAUGCCAUUGGAUCUUGGAGCCAAAGGUUCCUGCCACAUCGGGGGAAACGUUUCGACGAAUGCUGGUGGAUUGAGGCUACUCCGAUACGGAAAUCUGCAUGGAUCAGUGUUGGGAGUUGAAGCGGUUACAGCUCAGGGUCACGUUCUUGAUCUGAUGUCCAAUUUCAAAAAGGACAAUACCGGGUACCAUUUGAAGCAUCUGUUCAUCGGAUCAGAAGGAACGUUGGGUAUCAUCACUCGGCUGUCCAUCUUCUGUCCUACGGCAUCUCGGGCCGUCAAUGUGGCGUUUCUAGGGUUGGAGAGCUACGAAGCCGUAAAGGAUACCUUUUUGGCAGCCAAACGGGGUCUGGGAGAGAUUCUGUCCUCCUGUGAGAUGAUGGAUGAUCUGUCACUACAGUGUAGCAUGCAACAUUUCAAUUUGACAUGCCCGAUCGACAAAUACCCGUUCUACAUGCUGAUCGAAACUUCUGGCAGCAACAUGACUCAUGACGAGGAGAAGCUGACGACAUUUUUGGAAAACACCAUGGAAAAAGGCUUAGUCCUCGACGGAACUGUCACAAACGAGACCACUAAAAUGAGAAGCAUCUGGCGCUUGCGAGAAUCUAUUCCGGAUAGUUUGCUGAAGGACGGUUAUUGCCACAAGUACGACAUUUCUCUGCCACUGGAUAACUUUUACGACAUCGUGCUGGCAACGCGGAAACGGGUCGGUUCGUUGGCCACCAAAGUCACCGGCUACGGUCACGUGGGAGAUUCCAAUUUGCAUUUGAAUGUAACGUGUCCUAAAUUUUCACCCGAACUCUACAAACUGUUGGAACCGUUUGUGUAUGAGUACACCUCGAAUGUUCGGGGUAGUGUUAGUGCCGAACACGGAAUAGGAUUCCUGAAAACGAAAUACCUGAAAUACUCUAAACGACCGGAGGCACUGGCUGUGAUGGCACAAAUGAAACAAAUGAUGGACCCGAAUGGGAUCCUUAACCCGUAUAAAGUGCUUCCACAAAUUUGAUUUUAAU